GGUUUUUCGAGACAGGGUUUCUCUGUGUAGCUUUGCGCCUUUUCCUGGAACUCACUUGGUAGCCCAGGCUGGCCUCGAACUCACAGAGAUCCACCUGGCUCUGCCUCCCGAGUGCUGGGAUUAAAGGCGUGCGCCACCACCGCCCAGCACUUGGGAUUUUUUUUAAAGGUAAAAUUCAAGCAAUGUGGACCUAAUCCUUUGAAGUAUCACAACUCCACAACAUUUGGUAGACCUACAAUGUGUUCAGCCAUCACCACAGUUUCAGAACAUUUUUAUCACCCCAAAGAUACACCACAUGCCGGCGAACAGUCGCUCCUUAAUUCCCUCAUCUUCCCAGUCUCCUGGUAGCUUCCAGUGGAGCUUUUGCCCUUGUGGAUUCACCCAUCCUGGGUAUUUCAUGUCGAUGGAACCAUACAGUAUGUGUCCUUUGUGUCUGGGUUAUUUCACUCAGCGUAGCAUUUUUAAGACUGUAGCAUAGGUCAGAAUUUUCUUUUUAUAGCUGAAAUACAUCCCAUUAUAGAGAUAAACCACACCGGUGGCCUUUUGAGCGGCUUCCACCUUUCAGCCAUUGAGAAUUGCGCUGCUCUGAACACGUGUGUACUAGCUUUUGUUUGAACACCUGUUUCUAAUUCUUUGGAGACUAUACCUAGGGGUGGAAUUGCUGGCUCAGAUGGUGAAUCUAUGUUUGACUUAUGGAGGAGUCACUCGAUUGUCUGCUGUAGCAGCUGUACCAUUCUAUACCACCCUCAGCAGUGCACAGAGCUCCGAUUUCUUCUUGUCCUCACCAACACUUGUUAUUUUGCAUGUUAUUGCUCAAAUCCACUCAAGUUAGCAUGAAGCCGUGUCUGAUCCGAGGCUGAUGAGUCUUCCAAACAAUUGUGAGGGUGAUAAUGGUAUUGGUGUCCUGUUUUGGCAUAGGUGGACUGAAAGGGCCCGAAUUCUGGGGAGACUUCCUCACACUUACGGUUCUGAAAACUCUGGUGCAGAGGACACACACAGCCGGCCUCGGGGGAAGACAAAAUCAGCCUAGGUAAGCUAAAGGACAGAGGUGUAAACAGGGGCCACAGCGGACACUUUAGAAGGAGAAAGAGGAAGGACUGAGAGUGAGGGCAGAGGUGUAAACAAGGCGAGUUUUGGUUGGAACUUUUCUGCUACUAGUGUUAAAUAAACCAAACACAAACUCACUUUGGUUCGAUGUGCAGGCUAAAUCACGCUACAGCAAAGGCCAGAGAAUAGAAUAUGCAUGUCGCUGGCUUGUUCUGGAAUUUCUUUGGCAAUCAUAACCACCACCCUGCUGAGCACUUUCAUGCAUGGGCUCCUGUAAUCCCACAACAACCCUCCAACGGAGGUACGGUCACUGCUUCGCUUUAAAGAAUAGGAAACGGAGUCACAGAGAGAGGUCACGGGUCUUGCCCAAAAUCUUCCCACCAGGAAAUGGCUCUGGGCCAGGACAGUGUGCAGCCAUGCCCUGUGUGCAGCCAUGCCCUGUGUGCGGCCAUGCCCUGUGUGCGGCCAUGCCCGGUGCGCGGCCAUGCCCGGUGCAGCCAUGCCCUGUGUGCAGCCAUGCCCGGUGCAGCCGUGGCACUCAGCUGGAAGUUAGCGUUUCUCUGCCGAGACGUGGCAUAACGGGCUCCUAGAGUAGACGUCUUCUAGUGCAGGUCUUGCUCAAUGCGUACUUCUGCCCUGUCAGCCAUGCCACUCAGGAUGAGGCUGAGACAAGCAUCUCAGCACGAUGGAACUGCUGUCUGUGGCCAGGCUCAAGCCAGACUAGGUGAUCCAACAACAGGGAGACAGCAAAUGUGGAUUUCUUCUUUGUUUUGUUUUGUUUUUGGCAGAGUUUCUUUGUGUAGUCUUGACUGUCCUGGAACUAGUUCUGUAGAUCAGGCUGGCCUUGAACUCACAGAGAUCCACUCCCGAGUGUUGGGAUUAAUGGUGCGUGCCACCACCACCUGGCCCUCUUAAAAAAAAGCUUACUUUGUUAUUAUCUGUACGUGUAUGAGUGCUUUGCCUGCAUAUGUGUCUGUGUACCAUGUGUGUGCCUGGUGCCCAAGGAGACCAGAGGAGGGCUUUGUAUUCCCUGGAAAUAGAGUUACAGACAGUUGUGAGCCACCAUGUAGGUUUUGGAAAUUGAACUUGGGUUCUUGCAAGAGCAGCAAGUGCUCUUAUGCACUGGCCAUCUCUGCACCCCAAAUGUGAAUUUCUGAAUGAGCAGAGCUUGGUGAGCCUCUCAGUCUCUCUGAACUCAGUUCCCAUCUGGAAACAGAACACACAUCUACACCAGGUGCCUGUGAGUGGACCCAGCAUACAUGACCUUCAGGCAGCCUCCUUCUCUUUGGCCUCCCACUGUAUCUUGGGAUAACUGGCCUGCUGUACAUGAAGGUAUAUUGGGAACUUGCUUUCUGCAGCUCAUCACUCAGCCAGGAGAACAGCAGCAGGAUGGCCCUGCAGCCCCAGUGGCAUCCUUCCUGACUCCUCCCUAGGAGGUGCAGCAGGUACCCAAAAGAUGAAGCAGGCUCCUCCUGUCAUGAAUUAGAAUGUGGGCGGCAGAUGCCCUGCCUAAGGUUUGGACCGGUGUCCUGAAAGGCAGGUCUCUAGAAAAAGGCUACCUACCAGACAGCAGGCAGAGGUAAAGAAAAACCAGUGGCUGGUUGUGGUGCACCUAGGGUGAGUGUGUUUUGUGCAUCUAGUUCGACCACUACUGCUAUCAUCAUGCGCCCUGCUCCCCCAACUUUGAUUACUUAUUCGUUUGUUUAACUUUAGAGGUUCAUUGUGUCGCCAUGGCUGGCCGAAAGCUUGCAGCAACCUCCUUGCCUUCGGUGCACACCACAGCUGGCUCUCAGUUUUGAUUUCUGACAGGAUUUCAUUCCCGCUGGUCACCUCUGCCUUAGGAUGUGUAGAGUAGGUGGGCACAUUAGGUGAGAUGACUUGGCAGAUGCGAGGAGGUCUCCAAGCUGGCAACUUCUCCGAUCCUCAGCCCUCUUCUCCUCCAGUCGCGGUUCUUAGGGGUCUUCUUCAUGGGGUGCAGCAGCAAGGGACUUUACCAAGGCCUACCAAGCCUGUUAAGUCGCAGCACCGCCUCUGAUCUACAUGACUCCUAACAUCUGCGUGCUCCUGCACCCGCACCGGAGAGGGAGACUCUCCUGCUGGCUGAGUUCACAUGCCCGAUCUUUCCAGCAGGUCGACCCCGAAAGCCCGGCCUUGGGCCCCACCUGUCCGCUCCUCGCAGAGGCCCCCUUGAGCCGCUACUACCGGCCCCUCGGCGCGGAGCCCUGUGUCCGCCGCCGCUUUGAUCCCGGGGGCCCGGCUGGAUAAAAGUCUCGGGCGGCUCUACGCCAGCGCCAGAGAGGGAGCGCAGCGCAGUUGGGCGCACCAGCGGGAUAGCGCAGCUCGAGCAACUACGAGGACCUACGGUGGCCACAGGACGGAGUGACAUUGCCAUGGGCGGAGAGGUGCGCGUGCUGCUCCUGCUGGGCCUGCUGCACUGGGUUGGGGGCAGCGAGGGCAGAAAGACCUGGCGGCGCCGUGGCCAGCAACCUCCCCAGCCGCCGCCCCCGCCGCCGCCCCCGCAGCGGGCUGAGGUGGCGCCCGGCGCCGGGCAGCCGGUGGAGAGCUUCCCGCUGGACUUCACGGCCGUGGAGGGCAACAUGGACAGCUUUAUGGCGCAAGUCAAGAGCCUGGCACAGUCCCUGUACCCCUGCUCUGCACAGCAGCUCAACGAGGACCUGCGCCUUCACCUCCUACUGAACACGUCGGUGACCUGCAAUGACGGCAGCCCCGCCGGCUACUACUUGAAGGAGUCCAAGGGCAGUCGGCGGUGGUUACUCUUUCUGGAAGGCGGCUGGUAUUGCUUCAACCGAGAGAACUGCGACUCCAGAUACAGCACCAUGCGGCGUCUCAUGAGCUCCAAAGAUUGGCCACACACGCGCACAGGUACUGGGAUUCUAUCCUCCCAGCCAGAGGAGAACCCUCACUGGUGGAAUGCCAAUAUGGUCUUCAUCCCCUACUGCUCCAGUGACGUUUGGAGUGGGGCUUCACCCAAGUCUGAGAAGAAUGAGUAUGCCUUCAUGGGUUCCCUCAUCAUCCAGGAGGUGGUGCGGGAGCUCCUGGGCAAAGGGCUGAGUGGGGCUAAGGUGCUGCUGUUGGCUGGGAGCAGCGCUGGGGGCACCGGGGUGCUGUUGAAUGUAGACCGCGUGGCUGAGCUGCUGGAGGAGUUGGGCUACCCGUCCAUCCAGGUGCGGGGCCUGGCUGACUCAGGCUGGUUCCUGGACAACAAACAGUAUCGCCGAUCAGACUGCAUUGAUACUAUCAACUGUGCACCCACAGAGGCCAUCCGCCGCGGCAUCAGGUACUGGAAUGGGAUGGUACCAGAGCGCUGUCAGCGCCAGUUCAAGGAAGGCGAGGAAUGGAAUUGCUUCUUCGGCUACAAAGUAUACCCGACUCUGCGCUGUCCAGUGUUCGUGGUACAGUGGCUUUUUGAUGAGGCCCAGCUGACCGUGGAUAAUGUGCAUCUCACUGGGCAGCCGGUUCAGGAGGGCCAGUGGCUAUACAUCCAGAAUCUGGGCCGAGAACUGCGUGGCACACUCAAGGAUGUACAGGCCAGCUUCGCCCCCGCCUGCCUCUCACAUGAGAUCAUCAUUCGGAGCUAUUGGACGGAUGUCCAGGUGAAGGGGACCUCAUUGCCCCGGGCACUGCACUGCUGGGACCGAAGCUUCCAUGACAGCCAUAAGGCCAGCAAAACCCCCGUGAAGGGCUGCCCUUUCCACCUGGUGGACAGUUGCCCCUGGCCCCACUGCAAUCCCUCAUGCCCUACCAUCAGGGACCAGUUUACAGGGCAAGAGAUGAACGUGGCCCAGUUCCUUAUGCACAUGGGCUUCGAUGUGCAGACGGUGGCCCAGCAGCAGGGGAUGGAGCCCAGCAAGCUGCUAGGGAUGUUGAGCAGUGGAAACUAGACUGUCUGGAGGAGGAGGAGUACGGGGGCUGUCCCAGGGUAACUCACCUCUACUUCCAGGCCCUCUGCCACGCCCAGGACCCACCUGGGUGUGGAUGCCUGACUGCCUGUAUUCUCCCUCUGCCCUCAGGAGGCCUGGCCAGAGGAGCGGUCUUCUCUGAGCCCUGCCACAACUUGGGGACCCUUCCCACCCCACGUCUAUUUCCCUAGCCCCCAGCCCACUUUGGGGAGGGAGCCAGGGCAAAGCAAGCACUGGAUUCCUGAGCCCAUCAGCUCAGACAGUCCCUCCUACCCCCAACUGAUCAUGCUCUUUUGUAUUAUUUUAUAAAAUGACUUUUUUAUUGCUUUAAUUUUUUAAAAAAUGGAAAUUAAGAAAUAUAUGAUGGAUGAUAUUGUUUUGUAACAUAUUUUUCUUAAUAAUUAAAUAAAAAAAAAUAACAGAAGUCA